AAUCACUCAUAAUUUGCAGGAAAAAAGAAAAAAGAAGCGAAAAAGCCUCGUUAUUCCUAAUUCAGAUGUUAAAAUUGGUUACUCACUGCAUUCUCUAUACCCUUUUUCUGUCGAAGAAUAAUUUCCUUAUUUUUUAAGUGAAUGUUAAAACUAAAAUUUUGUUGUGUAUUCCAAUGACACAGAAACUUGGGAUGGAUUCAACACCUCUCUGCCGCCUCCACUUUGUUUUCAUUCCCUUAAUGGCCCCAGGUCAUCUUCUUCCCAUGGUAGACAUGGCGAAAUUGUUUGCACGCCGCAAAGUAAAAGUGACCAUAGUCACCACACCCCUCAAUUCCAUCCAAUUCCAAGCUAGCAUAGAUAGAGAAAUCCAAUCUGGAUCACCCAUUCAAAUUCUCCAUGUUCAAUUUCCAUCUUCAGAGGCUGGAAUCCCAGAGGGAUAUGAAAGCAUAGACACCUUGCCUUCUAUGGAUCUACUAAGCAACUUCAACAUCGCUUUACUCAUGUUGCAGCAACCACUAGAAGAGCUAUUCCAAAAGCUAAGCCCAUUUCCAAGCUGCAUAAUUGCCGACAAACAUUUCAUAUGUGUAGCUGAUAUUGCCCACAAGUUUAAUGUCCCAAGAAUAAUAUUCGAUGGGACCAAUUGUUUCUUUCUCCUAUGCAAUCACAUUUUACAUAAUUACAAGGUCUAUGAAGCUGUCUCUGAUGAAGAGAAAUUUGUUGUCCCAGGAAUGCCCCACAGAAUUGAACUGCGAAGAUCUCAGCUACCCGGGAUAUUCAAUCCUGGCACAGACCUCGAGUUGAAUGCUUUUCGUGAGAAAGUGAGGGAAGUUGCAGAAAAAUCAUAUGGGAUAGUGGUUAAUACUUUCGAAGAGUUGGAAUCAGAAUAUGUUAAAGAGUAUCAGAGGGUUACUGGACAUAGGGUAUGGUGUGUCGGUCCUGUAUCACUAUCCAACAAGGAUGACGUGGACAAGGCUGAGAGAAGUAAGAGAAAUGCAAAUGAUGAAGAGAGCAAGUAUCUUAAGUGGCUUGAUUCGUGGCCUUCGAGGUCAGUGAUUUAUGUCUGCCUAGGUAGUCUAAACCGUGCAACACCUGAGCAGCUGAUAGAGCUUGGAUUAGGAUUGGAAGCAACAAAAAGGCCAUUCAUUUGGGUGCUAAGGGGUGCGUAUGGAAAAGAGGAAAUGGAGAAGUGGUUAUUGGAAAAUGGGUUUGAAGAGAGGGUAAAAGGGAGAGGGGUUUUGAUAAAGGGUUGGGCACCACAAGUGUUGAUAUUGUCACACACAGCAAUAGGAGCGUUUUUGACACAUUGUGGAUGGAAUUCUACACUAGAGGGGAUUUGUGCUGGGGUGCCCCUGGUAACUUUUCCUCUGUUUGGUGAACAAUUUUAUAAUGAGAAGGUCAUCGUACAAGUGGUGGGGAAUGGGGUGAGCGUGGGAGCUGAAUGUGUUGUGCACUUGGGAGAGGAACACAAGUCUCGUGUUCAGGUGAGGAGGGAAAAUGUUGAGGAAUGUAUUGAGAAGGUAAUGGGUGAAGGCGAAGACAACGGAAAAAUAAGGGAAAGAGCUAGAAAGUUUACGGACGUUGCAAGGAAAGCAAUAGGUGAAGGUGGAUCUUCUUACUGCAACAUGUCCCUUCUAAUUGAUCAUAUCCUACGUGUCAAAGGGUUAGGCCAAUGCUGAGCCACCCCUCAGAACAUCUUUUCUGCUUUUGCCAAUAUAACUGUUUAUUUUAUUCUGUAUCUUUUUAUUAUAAAUAUUAUUGUAAAAAUAUAUAUGUAGAAAGAAAAUUAUAAUCUAUUACGAGUAAAAUUCC